AUGCACGAGGAUGUUGACAAUGACACAGAUCGAUGUAUGGUUCUUGAGUACCUGGACACCGAUUUGUGGUCACUGAGGACAAGGGCGCAGAAACUUGGGGACCCUUUCUUGAAAGCCACUGCAAAAUCUAUCCUCGAGGCUGUGAAAGUAUUCUCAGAUAUGGAUGGACAUAUCACUGCUUUACACACCGACAUUAAUCCUAAUAACGUCUUGGUUUCCAAGGCAGACUCGCCGAAGCCCAUUAUCAAACUCGCGGAUCUUGGAGCAGUGAUCCCUUCUCAAGGCUUUGAAGACUUCCGGCUGCAGGGCACUGAAAUCCGUGCACCAGAGAUCUGGAAGGGAAUUUUACCUACGCCUCCCUGCCAAAUUUGGUCUAUUGGCGUGACUCUGACCCAUUUUGUCGCUAAUCGAGUCAUCUUUGGGAACUGGGAUCAGGAUUGCCGUGUCCGGGAGCUUCCGCUUGAAGUGAACAGGUGUGCAUGGGCUAUUGGCAAGAUCAUCAAACUGGUUGGACGGCUGGAAAGAGACGAAGAUCCCAAGUAUCAGCUUGAGUUUGCCCUGGCAGAACUCUUUGUCCAAAAGGACCUUAUUAAAGUUGGAUCUCUUGAAGAAGAGCUUGCCAAAGCCAAUGUCCCUGAGGCUUGCGUCGACUUUCUCCGCUACCUCUUGCAUCUCGAUCAUAAAACGCGGCCAACGGCAGAUCAAGCUCUGCAGCAUCCCUGGCUCCAGAAUUUAGGCUAA